GAUAGAAGCAGCAGAAGAAGAAGCAGCAGUCAGCUGAUUCAAGCUAGCAGAAAUUGAAAACUAGCAGCCUGGUUCCCUCUAAAACAGACACAGCUAAUGUAUGAACAGAAUUAUUACAAGUUAUUUACCUAUUUUUAAGUCUUCCAGGCGAAUUAACGGAUUAGCAGGAUGAAGGGUUUGUUCUGUCGAGCCGGUGCCACUGAUGCUGAACCCAAGUUCGUUAUUCAGGAAACGACUCUCCCAGAUGUGUUGACCAGCUACCAGGUGAGAGUCCAGGUGAAGGCGUGUGGACUGAGCCCGCUGGACCUCAAGCUGCUCAGUGAUGUUGGGAUCCAGAGAGAUUUGAUUCCCGUCGGCAGAGAGGUGGCCGGAGUCGUCCUUCAAGUCGGUCCCAAGGUGACCUUCUUCCAGCCGGAGGACGAGGUCGUAGGUAUCCUUCCUCUGGACUCCACGUGUUCUGGACUCUGUGAUGUUGUCGACAUCGACGAACACUAUUUAGUUCAGAAACCAGAGAAGCUCAGCUCGGUUUGUGUUGCAGCAGCGUUGCGUGAUGGUCUUUCUGCGUACACUGCUCUGCACACUCAUGCUCGCAUCGCAGCCGGACACACACUGUUGGUGAUGGACGGAGGCAGCUCUUUUGGCCUCAUGUGCAUCCAGUUGGCUUGUUAUCACGGCGUGAAGGUUCUGACGACGUCACAUUCGCCUCAACAACACACAUUUCUGGAGCAGGUUCGGCCCAGCGUCGGUGUUCAGGAACCUUUAGUUGCCAGAGUUAUUCCGGUUUAUAACAACUCAUCCGACCUGCUGCCGGUGGUUUUGGAGGAAACAGGAGGACUGGGAGUGGAUAUAGUCAUAGAUUCUGGAGUUUGUCUGCAGGAGGAGGAGGAGGAGGAGAAGAAAUUCCUUCCACACAAACACGACAUCAUCAGUGUUCUGGGAGUCGGAGGUCAUUGGGUCACAUCACAUCAAGACCUGCAGUUGGACCCUCCAGAUUGCAGAUUACUGCAUUUAAAGUCAGCCUCCGUCUCUUUCCUGAACCCUGAAGUCUGGACGGCUUCAUCGGCCCAGCAGGGAAGAUACCUUCAUAUUCUGAAAGAUAUUGUGGAGAAAAUGUCAACUGGAGUCCUCAGACCUCAGCCGGAGGAAGCAGUUCCUCUCUACGAAGCCACAGUCGUCAUGGAGACAGUCCAGCGUCACCCGAAGAAAAAGGCCGUCAUUCAGCUCUGAUUGAAAUAAACACAUUCUGCCCAGAAUCGCGGCUCAACAGGAGCAGUUCUUUUGGGAGAGGAACAGUCAGCCAGUUUUUACUUGUUAUUCUGUGUUUUGAGGCUCUGAAAUGUAUCACAGCUGUUUCCAAUAUUGUGUUAACACAGAAAAACACACCUUGAGUUCCUCAUGUCGAGUCUCCAGGUUACCUGAGGGUUGUACUAUGAAGCAAGAUUAAUAAGUUAGCAGGCAUGUCGAGUUUAAAGGGUUUUGGAUUUACAUCAGCCAUAAGAAGCGUCUCCCUUCCACAGAUUCAUACAGAUACUCAGCUGAAGUUUUAUCUGCAAACCUGUCGACCUGUAUGUUAGUAAUCCCACCGUGUUGCCGUGAGUGCACUAAAGAAAACCUGGAUAAAAAAGAAAGUUGAGAACUAUGAUUAUCUCUGACUGGGAUUUUAGGUUUUGUUAAGCAGGCUAACUCAAAAAAAGCCUGAAUAUGUUGAACCUGCUUCAUAGUGCAGCCCCUCAGGUCACUUUCAUUUUAAACUGAAGAAAGACACAUUCAGCUUCCCUCAAAUAUGAACUUUUGACCACAUUCAUAAUAAGAAUUCCAGGUGACUUUCAUACUAUUAAACUACUGUCUGGUCAUUUCCCCUAACAGGGACAGAACCACAGCGACUUAUCUCCACUGUACAGUUACAGAAUCCAUAGAACAGAGACACAAACGCCAGCAUCACACCCUGGCAACAAACUUCCUCUGAGCAAAUAUACAAAAUUACUUUAACUAACAAAGAGCUGCUUUUUAACACUCACCACACGUUGUCUCCCAACAACCAGAAUGCGCAGACCUCCAUGAAACACUGAACAGCCAAGUCACACCCAGCAUCACUCCAGACAGCACCUGUCUUCAUUCACAGAAAUUACUAGUCUCUGCCCACAAUGGUAAUCACCCAGCAAAGCUACAAACACGUACACUGGUUCCCCUAAUGUGUAGACGAGCCCCCAUUUGUUACAACUCUGCUCUGAAGCUGCAACAAAACGGAGACAACAACAGGGUGGUGACUUAAAAAAAAGGGUUUUAUUGUAAUUGUAAGAUUUAUUGUAAGACAAAAGACUAUAAACCAAACCAAAACCAGGCUUCUGGAGCUCCAGAAGGAAGCAGCUCCUGUCAGAGAGACACACACUGGAAGUGAGGGAGGUUUGAUGCAGUUUGAGCCACUUGAUCCCAGGUGCGGCUCAAUCAGCUGAUGACCCUCAGCUUCUGAACAGGCUCACCUGGUGUCCAGGUGGAGGGUCGUCACACACGUUUGUCCUUGAAUUUAUUCAGAUUACAACAAGUAGCACCUUCAGCACAAAUAGUCAAAUUUCUAUAACAGUUUCUUCUCAAGCAUUUUGAUUCACCUGCACAUUUUUUUUAACUACUUCGGUCUGAUAUAAUGAAGGCCACGCAUCAUAUAGAUGCUUUUUAACUUUGAUUUUCUCUUCAGUCAACCCACAAAAUAAAGACAUACAAACAUUUCGGAUACAAACACAAAGUUUCACAAAAAGUAUCUCAAAUUACCUGGAUUCCAAAAGUAAGUCCAGUAUGCCAGCUUGCGACAACAAUACAUUAAACUGUCCAUACAAAGCACUUUAAUAAUGGCACCAAAUAUGAAACAAAUAAAACUUAAAGGUCACACUUACUGUAUACACCUCUCAGACCAUGCAGAAUAGUUAGGUUUUUAAGACCAUAUUGUUUCCCUCUGCAGUGUGUUGCAUCUGACCCACAGUCCCACAGGUGUGACCUGUAACUAAACUGGUCAUGUGACUUGUUUCAUCCUCCAUCAAAUGAACAUUGUAAAACAGCAACACAUUUUAAACCAAACAUCAAUUUUAAAGGUGUACAUUGUCAAAGCUACCAUUCUUAUCAUCUCAUUUAUUGUGCUUUUAAGUAGUUUUAACAACAAUAUGAAUUCAAACAUUUAUGAAAUGACGACAAAAUAUAACUAACUUGGAACUAGAAUUCUCAAAAUUACUGUCUUUUGGACAGUGACAGUUUUCAUAGUAUAAAGAGUGGAUAUUUCUAAAGAUAUUUGUGUAAUUUUAGCUUCAUAUAUUAAGCACUUUUCAGGCUAAAAUGUUUGGCAGUUUGACGUGAAUUUAUCCAAACUGCAACAAGUACGUAAGUUCAGCUGCCGUCAUGAAAUGUGUUGGAGUCUUGCCAGUAUCGUCUUCUGAACUUUCUAAUUUCUUUACUGAAUGGCUCCUAAAAAUCUCUGAAAUAAAUAAAUAAAUGACUCUUCAGAGUCAAAUCUC